AGUGAGGAGUCAAGAUUAUGCUCAAAUAUGGAGGAUUUUCAUGCCAUUCAAGAUAAUCUAGAGAAGGCUAUAGAGAAGGAUGAGACAGCUAAAACUGCAGAGGCAUCGAAAGGGAAGCAACCCCAGCCAGUCAAGCCAGAUCAAACCAUACGUGAACGUCUCCGAGGGAUCAUCGAAUCCCACAAUUUUCAUAUUGGUGUUGUUGUACUGGUCAUUAUUGAUGCUUUGUUAGUAAUUUCUGAGCUGCUCAUAGACUUGGACAUCGUGAAACUAGAAAACAAAGAACAUCAUGUGGCGCCCAAAGUGCUUCACGGUUUCAGUAUAUUUAUUUUGUCCAUAUUUAUGGUUGAAAUCAGUAUCAGAAUCUAUGUUUUGAGGUUGGAAUUUUUUAAACGUAAAUUAGAAGUAUUUGAUGCCUUGGUGGUUAUUGUAUCAUUUAUUUUGGAUAUCGUGUUCAUUAAUUCUGAAGGAACUAAGUCAGGUGUUGGUUUGUUGGUUAUUUUACGUUUGUGGAGAGUGACACGUAUCUUAAAUGGUAUUGUAAUGUCUGUUAAGGCUCAAGCUCAGAUGAAAAUUGACAAGGAAAUAGAGAAUAGGGAAGCUUGUGAAAAGGAAAAUUUAAAACUAAAACAAGAAAACACUGACCAAACCAAGGAAAUAGCAAGACUUAAAGAAUUAUUGGAUCAGAAUGGUGUGAAAUAUUCAUAG